CGUUGUAUAUGUUGAGCAAACAGUAGUAUCGGAUUGUUUUUUGAUGUUACACAUAGUUACGUGAGAAAUUCGUUGACAAUGACAUUAAAUGUGAUAGAAGCGGAGAAUGUUGAUAAUGUGCCUAAAAAAGGGAAGACUUACGUUCAAGUGUUGGUGGCUAUUGUAGCGAACACCACAAUCCUCACAUAUGGGUUUCAAGCGGGAUGGGUGUCACCAACAACAAAGGUCCUACAAUCAGAGAACUCCCCUUCUGGAUAUCCAUUAUCGGAUUAUGAAAUAUCAUGGAUAGCCAGCGCUAUAUGCUUGGCGGCCAUGUUUGGGGUGUCUCUAUUCACAUAUAUUGUAGACAAAUAUGGAAGAAGAGUAGCUAUUCUUCUGACAGCUGCGCUACAAGCGAUCUCCUGGAUAUUGAAACUAUCUUCAGCACAUGUAGGAGUUUUGAUCACAGCUAGACUCUUUGCUGGACUUGGUGCUGGAGGUUGUUACAACGUAGUACCAAUGUACGUCAGAGAAAUAAGCCAGGAUGACAUAAGAGGGGUGUUAGGAUCCUUCAUAAUUCUGUUCCACAAUUCUGGUAUACUGGCAAUGUUUGCGAUGGGAGCAAACUUGAAUUACUAUACUGUGUUGUGGAUCGUGGUUUGGGUGCCAGUGUUAACUAUAAUACUUAUGAUAAAAGCACCUGAAUCACCUGCUUUCCUAGUGAAAAAAGGAAAGAUUGAUGAAGCAGCCAAAACAAUAGCGUUUCUAAGAAGAUUGGAUGUCAAUGACAAAACAAUACAGACUGAAAUUGAAUAUAUGAAAAAUCAAGAAGUCACCUAUGCUUCGUUGCCAAAGCUUUCUUUCAAAAGUUUAUAUCAAAACAAAGCAUGGAGGCGUGGAUUCAUUCUGAACAUUAUACUGAUGACAUUAAGAUCGAAUAGCGGCAACAUGGCUGUUCUGAAUUAUGCGCCGGCCAUUUUGAAAUCAGCCGGUGUCACGUGGAACCCAGAGCUUCAGAUGUUGAGUUUCCCCGCAGUUAUGAUCCUCGCCUCGUUUAUCUCAAUGAGUUGUGUGGAAAAGUUCGGUCGGAAGCCGAUCAUCACCAUAUCGUUUGCUGUAGCAGUCUUGUCUCAUAUAAUCCUGGCGACUACAAUGUUGAUUCAACACCAAGGAGGUUCUACGCCAGGGUGGUUGCCUGUGCUUGCGAUAGUAACAUUUUUCGCCUUCUUCGCUGGCGGGAUUUCUCCAAUGCCGUAUAUCAUUAUGACUGAGAUGUUUAAUUUCCAAAUACGAGCAAAGGUGAUGGGUGGUCUGGUGACACAUGCGUGGUUCAUGUCAUUUGUCGAGUUACUCUCCUUCACAGCUAUAGCGGACUUCUUGGGAACGUACUCAGUAGUCUACAUCUACGCUGGAUUGAACCUCGUAGGCGUCAUCGUCAGUUUUAUAUUCUUACCAGAGACGAAAGGAAAGACUUCCGAAGAAAUCGAAAAUGAUUUGGUGAAGAAAAAGUGAUUUGUAAUUAUUUUUUUUGUUAUGCUGCCAUUGUAAAUAAAAUGCAAACUGAAUUGAAUUUGCUUAUCGAAUACAACCAAAAAGUUUGAAUUAAGUUUUUUUUUUGUUAGGAAGACUAGCUAUGAUUUAUAGAUAAUUUGUCUUAAUGUAUAGGGCCUGUAAUAUAAGUUUUAUAAGAAAAAAGAGUUUAAUGUUCAAAUAAAAAACAAUUCCAAAAUUAUAUGUAAGUACUUAAAUUCCUUGUUCAUUUUAAGUUAAUGUGUUUAUUUCUGAUGGGAACAAUAAGAAGCUUGAAGUGAAACACUUGAUGUAUCAAGGCAAAUAGUUGAAUCUUGAUAAUUGAAAAUACACUGAAUAACAAAUGAUUUAACACUGAAAUUUGCGUGACAGGUUUAUGCAGGGUUUAAGUGGUUCCAUUGCAAUGUCUACAUAAAGUUGUUAUGAUAUAUUGUUAUGUCCAAUUACAUAAGCCUUCAAGUGCCUACUGCCGAGCCAAGGUCUCUUCUCACACGGAGAAGGUUUGAACAUUAUUCACCAUGCUUGCUCAAGACGGAUUGGCGAUUUCAAUCUUCUAAUUAGAAAUUAUAAGGCCAGGUCACAAUGUUUUCCUUCACCCUUUCUCAGUGGUGUC